AUGGAUCAAAGUCAAAGAGAUAACAAUAAUCUAUACGGAGAUAUUCAUUGGCCAAAAACCCAGUAUCCGCUAAUGCAGUUCAUCUUCUCAGACUGCAAGCCGGCGGUUCUUUUGGAGACGGAUGACAUUCGAAUCGAAGUACUUUCCUUCGUAAAUCACAAGGUCAACGGCGAGGAGAAUUGCACAUAUUUGAACCCCAAAAACAGAACACAACGCCCAGGGAGAAUCCUUUUGAAGUGA